GCACAAUCCGUACCACCUGUCACUGCCUUUUACCUUCAAUGGAAUCCGAUUUCCCUAAAUCUUCGCUCUUCUCCUCUGAUCAGCGUCUCUGCUCCGCUCAAGUUCUCGAUCCUUCCCAGGUUCGGGCAAGAAUCGAGGUGGCCGUGCUCAAGUUUCUGAAUGCGCUGUCUUCUCCUACGCCGGCAAUCUCCUUUCUUCCACUGAUUUGCAGGAAAUCAAGUAACAGUGGUCUUCGCUGCGGGUUGCUGAGCGAUGUUUCAUCCAUCUUCCUUUCUCCUUCUUUCUGCAGGAGGACAUUCUUGCGAGCCGGCGAUACUAAGGCCUUCAUUAGAGUGUGGAAGGUCAUGGAGAUGUGUUUUCAGAUCCUGAGUCAGGGAAAGUUGGUCACCCAGAGGGAGCUUUUUUAUAAGCUGCUCUGUGAUUCUCCGAAUUAUUUUUCUUCCCAGCGAGAAGUUAACAGAGCCGUUCAAGAUGUUGUUGCUUUGCUUCGUUGCACGCGGAACAGUCUUGGAAUCAUGGCUUCCAGUAGAGGGACAAUCACUGGGCGUUUGCAAAUAAAGGUGAUUUUAUCUGAAUAUUGA